AUGAGCACCCUGAUCUCUGUUCUCCUUCUCUGCCUCGUGUGCGGACAAAGCUACGGCUUUCUUGGCGGUCUCUUCAAGGAUCCUCCAGUCACCGUCAGCGAGGUCGACCCCGUCAAGUAUGCGGGAAGGUGGUACCAGAUCUACGGCAACUUGCUCACCCAGUAUCUCUUCACAAGAAAUGCAUUCUGCGUUACCGCCGACUACGGCCUCCUCGCUGACGGCACUGGCAUCUCCGUCCUGAACGCUGGUCGCAAGAAAUCUGCCACAGGAGUGCUUUUCAACAUCACUGGUACCGCUACCUACACCAAUCAGGUCGGACAGCUUGAUCUCCAACUGGCUGGCGUACCAGUCACCGGAUCAUAUUGGAUCACCAAACUCGGCCCAGUCAACGGUGAUGGCCUCUAUGAAUACUCCGUCGUCACAGACAGUAAGCGCGUCAACCUGUACGUCCUCGCCCGCGACCCCGUCUCAUUCAAGGCCAGCUACGACGCCGAGGUCCUCCAAUUCCUCGCCAAUGACUCAUUCGACUCGUUCUUCAACAAGCCUAUUGGUGUGUAUCAGGAAAGUGACUGUCAGUAUGCACCACUCCCUGAGGCUUGA